GGAGGAAAUCGGGUUUGUGUGGUAAAUAGCAACAAGCCUGUAGACAGUGAAUCUAUUCCUUUGAUAUCCAGAUGGCUCCGGAAGUGAGACGGCCGUGGAAUACCUGCCGCGACUUUUCGCAUCCAUCCGUCUUUCACUUAGGAUCAAGAGCUGCAUACAAAACCAACUUCCUUCAGUGGUAUCCUUCCUUCUCAACUCAACAAUGCUCCAACACCUUCCGACAGACGCGUGAUCACACUUGAUGAACCCGCGCAUCAUCUUUCUCAUCCCCAAUCCCACAUCAAGACUCUCAAGAAACGUCCAGCAUGUCGUACUCUUACGCCAUAGCCAAGGAGGUCCUCUCUGAUGGUGAAAAAGACCGCAUCCUCGCCAUCUUUCUCAGUUCUGAUGACAACAAUGAUGUUAAUUGGGAUAAGGCAACCCAGGCGUUUGGCGCCGCCUCCGUGGAGAGCAUGAAGGUCUCUUACCGUAAUCUCCUCAAGAAGAUCGAGAAAGCCGGCGGCAAGACCGGCGUCACUGCCCCAUCUGCCAACAGCGACUCAGCCGCUCCAUCCGCACCCAAGACUCCCAAAACCCCCAAGACCCCUAAGGGCAAGGGCGGCCGUCCACCCAAGCGCAAGGCUGAAGCCGCCGAAUCAGAUGACGACGAGGACAGCGACGCUCCUAAGACCCUGCGCAAGAAAGCCGCGAAGAAUGCUGCUAAGGCAGGAGACGACGGCGAGGACGAAGAUGCUCCUAAAUCUGUCCUCAAGAGGGCCACCAAGAAAACUGUCUCCCGUACUGAGGAUGGCGAUUCGGAUGACGGAAAGACUUCCAAGGCUCCCAAAAAGACUAUUCGUCCUCGCAAGACUCCGGUCAAGCCCCCCAAGGCCGCAGUUGGCCAGAUCGUCAACGGCGGUGGAGAGGCUACCGAUUCCGUCUCAGGUAACAUCGAAUCUGUUCAGGAGGAUGGAGAGGCUUCCAAGAUGGUCAACGACGAGGAUGGGUCAGAGUUUUGA